AUGACUACACUGAAUAUUGGAAUUGUAGUUGAAAAGAAUGAUCCUAAAGAACUUGAAUGGUAUUUAGAAAAGGCCAAAGAGGAUAAAUCAGAUGGAGGUUUAAUCCAAGAUGACCCAAAAGAACAUGUUGAUCCCAAUGAAGAGACACUGAAUAUUGGAAUUAAAGUUAAAAAAGACAAUUCUAAUUCAUCUGAAUGGUAUUCAAAGAAGACUGAAGAAGAAGACCCAGCUGGUUUGAAUAAUGAGCAAAUCAGGAUGGAUUAUCAGAAGCAUACUGAUAUAAAACCUAUGGCUGAAGGAACUAACAAGAACAAAAAUGUUGAAACUGAUAUAAAUAUAGUUCCUGAUUCACUGGAUGGAAAAGGUAUUAGUGUGAAAAAUGCUGGGGUUAAUAAUGUUGAAAUAUAUUCAUUUCAACAUGAUGAAGUGAAUGCAAAUUUCUUGGUUGAAAGCUCGGGUUGA